UUUAAAACUUGUCUGACACAAGUUUUACCAAAAAUUCGCUAUAAUGUUUGGUGCCCACAAAACGCACCUGCUAUUAUGAAAACAGAAUGUGUGCAACCUGGGUUAGGUUAACUAUCAAAAAUGCGUACGUUAAAUUGUCAACAUCGCCAUAGAAUAUUAAUCUGUGAUUGUAGUAUACCCAAAUCUUUGGCUAAAUAUUGAACUGCUGUAUUUUUUUUAAGAAUGUAAUCUGUUAUCUCAGAAAAAAACUAAGUACUUAUGACACAAAAAAAAAAUCAAUUCAGUUUUAUUGUAUAGCGUAUGCCAGUAAGAGCAUUUCUAAUUUGUAUUAGAUAUGCAAAUAGACAUUUAAGCUGAGCUAAAUAUUUCUGAGUACCUACAGGGGAAUGAUAUAGAAACUAUUGUUUAUGGACUCAAGAACGAAGAAUGAUGACUAGUGGAUCAGGAAAUAUGGCAGAUAAUUUCGUUGAUUAUUUUGAGGUUCUACAGUUAGGCGUUAAUAAUGCAGCAGGACAUAGUACUCCAACAAAUCAAGUAUUAUUCAGCGCAGGACCAAGUAGAAUAGUGACCAAUUCUUCCAAUGUUGAAAACAGGAAGAAGGAAGAAAAAUCCAAGCGUACUCGAAGGAAACCAAAACGUAAAAAAAUUAAAGAUGAAAUUGACAAUGCCUUGGGUACAAAUUCAUCAAACGGCAGCCAUUCUCCCUCAGUAAAUUCCAAAGUUCCUUUCAAUUCAUCUUUAUCUCACUCCAGAAAUCGUAAGAGUGAUACAAGAUCUGAACAGAAGUUGGAAAAGUUCACUUUAAUUAUUAAACCGGUAACAGACCAUUCUGAUGGUAAGCUCAUCAAAAGAAAAAAUUGUGAAAAAAAGUAUAUUAAUCUGAAAUCCUUUGUAAGUAUUGGAUCGAAAAAUUGUGUUUUUACUACUGACCAAUCCACCAUUUGCCAUUUAUCAAAUAACCUUAUUGAACCAAGACUUAAUGUGUUGGACAAAAAAUCAAAGUCUAAAAUAGAAUCUAGAAAAUUUCCAUUGCAAGAAACGAAAAAAACCAAAAAGAGGAGAGAUAAAUCUGAUAAGGAGUAUGAUGAAACACCUUUUCCUAAUUAUCUCUCGCAUGAGGAGGUCAAUGUGGGAUUAGCCAGUGGCACCCUUAUAAAAGGUUUUGUAAGAAUAAAUCCACGAAAAUCUUGUGACUGUUAUGUCAAUAAUGAAGACACAACCAAACCUGAUUACUAUUUAACAUCAGUAAUGGAUAGAAAUCGAGCGUUGGAUGGAGAUGAAGUAGUUUUGCAGAUUAAACCAGAAGCUGACUGGAUUGAUGGAAAUAAAACUGCAAAAGUAGUUUAUAUAUUACAGAAGAUACACCCAAGAACUGUAAUAGGCUCCUUGAAGCCAAGGAAUUCUGGAAACUGUGAAUAUGCCCUUUUUUAUCCUCGAGACUCAAAAUGCCCUCUGCUUCGAAUCCCAGAAGUGAAUUGGCCAAAUAAUUUCAAAAAUGAUCCGAAAGCUUUCGAGGAAAUUUUGUUGUUAGCAAAAAUUACAAAAUGGGUUGUUCCAGCUUACGCUUAUGGGUUUUUAACUGAAAUAAUAGGGUUUUCAGGAAAUCUCAAAUCAGAAAGUUUAUCAAUUCUAAGAGAAUUUUGCUUAGAUACAACUCCAUUUGGAGAAGAAGUAAGGGAAUAUUUACCUCAGUGGAAGAAUAUACCUAGGUCAGAAUUAAAACGCCGUGAGGAUAUUAGGAAGGAAUGUGUAUUCACGAUAGAUCCUGCAACUGCUAGAGAUCUAGAUGACGCAGUUUCUGUUAAAACUUUGAAAAAUGGAAAUUAUGAAAUUGGAGUUCACAUAUCUGACGUAUCUUACUAUUUAGAGGAGGGGACUGAACUAGACCAAUUAGUUUCUAAAAAAGCUACUUCUAUAUAUAUGGUAGAAACUGUUUAUCAUAUGUUGCCAUUGGAAUUAUGUUUACAUUGUUCUCUCUUACCAGGGGAAGAUCGACUAUCUUUUUCUGUAUUUUGGGAAAUGACAAAAGAAGGCGAUAUAAUCAAUAAAAGGUACACUAGAAGCAUAAUGAAUUCCUGUACGAAACUAGCUUAUGAGCAUGCGCAAUUGAUAAUUGAAAAUCCUGAUAAGAGCUUUAAAGUUGAAGAUUUUCCUGAAAUUCACAAUGGUUUUGAACCUAAAGAUUUAGUUAAUACUGUGAAUAUUUUGCACAGUAUUGCUGUAAGAUUGAGAAACAAUAGAAUUCAAAAUGGCGCUCUGAAAAUAGAUCAAGUGAAAUUGUCUUUCAACUUAGAUCCAAGUUCAGGUCAGCCGAAGGAAUAUUUUAGAUAUGAGAAUAAAGAAUCACAUAGACUGAUUGAGGAAUUCAUGUUAUUAGCAAAUAUUUCAGUAGCUGAAAAAAUAUAUGAAUCAUUUCCUGAUAAGGCUUUUUUGAGAUGUCACGAACCACCAAAGCAGACCAUGUUGCAAGAGUUGAAGAAUAAUUUAGCAACUUACGGUAUUCACUUGGAUAUAUCCUCAUCGGGUAAUAUUGCUAGCUCCUUAAAAAAAUAUAUCACCAGUGAUUAUACAGGAAUAUGUCGACAGGCGGUGUUAAAUCAUCUUACGGCAAAAUCGAUGACGAGAGCUAAAUAUUUUGCCAGUUCCGCAGUAGAAUCAGUAUCGGACUUCAACCACUACGCCUUGAGUGUUCCAAUUUAUACACAUUUUACGUCUCCUAUUAGAAGAUAUGCUGAUGUGAUGGUACACCGUUUGUUGGCUGCAAGUUUGAAUUAUUGUAAAUCACCUGAAUGGGAUGAGCAUUAUGUUUCUGCAAUAGCUGCUAAUUGUAAUCUACAAAAGUAUAAUGCUAAACGAGCUGGUGAAGCAAGUAUUGAACUGUAUUUGAGUACUUUCAUUGAAAACCAUAAACCAUAUGAACAAGACUGUGUGGUGGUUGAUGUUAAAGAAAGAGCCUUUGACGUGAUUGUUCUCAAGACUGGCAGUAUUGUAAGGAUAUAUCAGAAUAAUUGUGAACAAGGGACCCAAUGGAAAAUUGAAAAUGUACUGAAGGAUCGUUCUAGUUCUAAAGAUAACGGACAGUCUUCUAGCUCUACAGGAAAGAAGCAGCUGCGAUUGACAGUAAUAUUUCCAAAAACGAAGUAUUUCCCGCAAUCAAAAAUGAUUGUGGAAAUUUUUUCCUUGGUUAAAGUUAACCUGCAAAAGAAAGAAAGAUCGUACAAAUUAGAAGGAACUUUACUGAGACCUGUUCCUGCACAAACUUUCAGUAGCUAAAAAAUAUAACAAUACUACAAAGAAGGCAUGAAAUGAAUUGUGGAGUCAGUCAGUCAACCUAUUUUAUAACACAAACUGGAAGUUCAUGAAAUAAUCUUUAUGUGGGUGUUCAGAUACAUGGAAGCUUAUCAAAAUCAUUAAAGGUAGGAAGUAGCGGAAAAUUAUUGAAGUAAUUUUACAUUACAGAUCUUUUAUGAUGCAAUUUAUAUUUUCAAAUAAUUGGAUUUUUAUGAAAUUUGUGAUUUUAUACACUUGAUAUGUAUAUUAUAUACUUUUGAAAUUUAUGAUAAUGGUCAAUAAACAAUUUGAACUUGGA